GGUUUUGUUGACUAAAAUCCAAAACUUUCACAUGAGCCGUCGGUUCAUCCCUCUGGUUAAAAUAAACCUAAUCAGACUGUUGUUAACAAGUUUUUAUAUUUAAAAAUCAAGAAGAAAGAAAGUCUAUGGUGAUGAUGGACUCAACUGGGUCCAGUACCAGUUCUUCAAUACCCACCUUUUUAUUCAAUACUUCUUGCCCUGCCUUUCCACACUUCCACCAUUGAUUCUCUCUCUCUCUCUCUGUCUCUCUCGCUCGCUCGGUCGUUCUUCUUCAUUGACAGGCUUUUUCUCAGGAUUAGCUAGCAUAUAUAUGGUUUUGUGAAUAAUGGGGUCAGGAGAUUGGAUUAGGAAUAUCAUUAGAUUCAAGAAAGUCAAGAGUAAGAGUAAGAAUAAUAAUAAUGGAUUCAAAUGCCAUAAUCAGUCGAGUUGUACCCUCGUUAAAGAUUCAGGGGAUGAUCAUCUACCAGCUGAAUCCAUGGCAGUAGUCAAGAUUCAAACUGCCAUCCGGGCUUACUUGGCUAGGAGAAAUCUUCGUCGAUUGAGAGGAAUGGUAAGAUUAAAGAAUCUAGCCCAAUGUGAGUCAGUUAAGAAACAAGCUGUAAAUACUCUUAGCCAUCUCCAUACAUGGAGCCGUAUACAGUCCCAAAUCAGAACACGAAGAUUCGAUAUGGUAACAGAAGGGCGUAUUCGACAGAAAAAGCUUGAGAAUCAGUUAAAGCUUGAAGCAAAACUUCAUCAUCUUGAGGUGGAGUGGUCCGGUGGGUGUGAUAGUAUGGAGGAAACUGUUUCUAGGAUUCAUCAAAGAGAAGAAGCUGCAGUUAAGCGAGAACGAGCCAUGGCUUAUGCCUUUUCUCAUCAGUGGAGGGCAAACUCGACAUUAAACUUGGGACCUAACGCGGUUGAGCUUGGUAAAGCUAACUGGGGAUGGAGUUGGGUAGAACGAUGGAUAACUGCUAGACCAUGGGAGAACCGGCUACAUUUUCAAUCUUCAAACAGCCCCAAGAAACUACACAAUUUUACUAAUAAUAAUAAUAGAGCUUCUCCGAAAGCUAAUAAGAAAGUAAUGGCUGCCAAAUCAAUCUCACCGUCCAACAGUGGUGGUGGUGGGAAAGGGAAGAUAAAGGGUCGGAAAUUGAGCUACUCGGAAACAACAGAUGUUCAAGGGGCGAAAGAACAGAAGAAUGAAGAAGAUGCAAAUGGUAAUAAUCAAAAAGAUUAAAGAAUUGUUUUCAAUAAUGUUAUUAUUUUGUGAUUUGUUAGCUCUAUUUUAUUAUGGGUGUGGUCAUGAUUGUGUGAAUAUCAUGUGUAUGAAUCUGGUGAGAUAUAUUCUAUUGUCUAAUAAAAUAUGAGAGGCUGGUUAUUAUUUAAGUGAU